AUGGAGGGGAGCGCGGGGAGGGAGGGCCGGAGAACUCCUCCUGUCCUGGGAGGAAGUGAAGGAGGAGAGUGGGGGAACAGCGCCUACUCGUGGUGGGAUAAUAUAAAACCCCUGCAAGUUUAUACAAGAUGUGAGUGCACAGAUGGCUUACGAAGCAAACUGGAUUACCUGAGCACUGAGCUCAACGACUCCUCCUCCGUCAAAAGGAUCGACAGACGCUCUUUCGAAUUCGCCAGGGAUAAAGACCAGAGAAAUGUAGACAUGGACAUGGCGAAAUGCAUGCUGACCUUGCUUCUGGGCAGAACGUGUACUCUCUUCCCCGUCUUCCUCCAGUUCUUGGAACUGUCCAAGUAUAAAGCCGUCAACAAGGACCAGGGGUACCAAAUGUUGGAGUUCAGCAGAACCAUCUGCACGAACCUGACAAAUUACGAUGAAGACGGAGCUUCAGGACUGACAGUGGUGGUGCAGACUGUCACUCACACUCAAUUGUCACAUCCAGUCUCCGGGCCCUCGCAGGCAGACGCUGCCACGCCAAGACGCGCAGACGACAAAAAUGCACCUCCGCUCGGCAGACUCCACUGAGAUGACGAUGACCGCAUCUGAGGCGGGCGCCGUAUUGAUUCUCCACUGACCAGCUGGGACGAGAUCUGAGGGACCACGUCCCGAGUCGCUACUAUGGAGGAUUCUGCUGCGGCCGACCGGGUCAGGUCCUGAGGCAGAACCACGUUCCCGAAUGAGUCUAUCUUCGGCGCUUCAUCUCUUCAAAUUGACUCGUAUUCCAUCUUAAUUAACAUUAUACAGCAACAGACUAUGUGAUAAAUAUUGCCCACUUGACAUCCAUUACAGCUUGGAAAUCCUGGAUCCCCCCCCUCCCAUCUGCGGUCACUUCUCAUGGAUUUUUUUCCUCCCCAAAACGCCAGCCAUUGCCAACUGUGGGCCUGUGAAGCCCUUUGACUCUUUUGUGGUUGCGGGCUAUACAACCAUGACUUGACAAAUCUGACCUUGGCAUGGAGAACAAAGUGGAGCAAAAUAUUUCUGCUUCUGAAACAGAAUUAUCUUUAUUCAACGGGGUGUUAGGAAGAUACAUUUUGUCACUAUUUAAGUUGUGAAGUUUCUUGGUGUCUGCAUGUCUUAAAAAGCUCUCAGCACAACUCAAUUGUAAUUACAGAGCAUUUAAAAAACAACUGCAGCUGUAAAAAUUAAUUAUUUUAAUAAUCAAUUAAACUGUCGCUUGGUUUUUCGAUUAGUUGACGAAUCGGAUAAAGAAAACAAUGCCUUUGCAUCCCUUUGUUCAAAAACAGGACAUUUCAAAUUAACAGUGCAAAAAAAAUGCACACAUUGAUUAUGAUUCAGUUACUGGUUUGGUGAGUAAUGUCAGAAAAUUGAAAAAGUAAAAGGAAAUGUUUGCAAAUGUCUUAUUUUGAUUAAACAAAAUAUAUGUGUCUGCUUUCAUGAAGGACUAUAGAAAUUUUAAAUAUUCACUGUUGAGAGGGUGAAAUUCCCAGAAUUUGGACAAUUUUAAGUUCAACACUGUCUCUAAACGAUCAAAAGUGUUGAUUAAUUUCAUAAUCGAUUAGUGGUAGAUUAAUCAAUUGUUGCACGUGUAAUACAAACAAAAACAAAUAAGAAAAAACAAGGACAGAGUCUCAAGCUGUAUUGAAAGCCAAGGAAUAAUUUUUUUUUUUUUAAAGAGAGUUUUAGAAAAUAGUGACAGUGCUUGUCUGAUGUGCACCGGAAGGUUGUUCCAUAGCAAAUCCCUCCGUAAUAGACUAAUCUUCCGCACGGUCAAGUGCGUGUGCUUAAUAAACACAGUGCGCCACGCAUCAUUAACAGAUGGCAUAUCUUUAUUUGUAGCCGCCGAUCAUCCAUUGCUCUCUCACAGAAAAGCAAAGCAGUAUUAGAGUUGAUGUUGAUCACUCACUUGGCAAACAAAGGAAACAGAAAGAGGAACUUAAUUUAGAAGCCGACUGCAGGAACAUGUGUCAUGCAGCACUGUGAUUCAAUGCAGCUCUGGAAAAUGGAGCUCAAGAGCUUCAGACAACUACAAUGGCCAUUUGGGCCACACGGAUGAUAGAUUCAAAUAAAAAAUGUUUUUUUAAAUGAGUACGAUUAAUUUGUAAACUUGUGAGAACUAAGUUGUAUACUUGGAAAAAAAAGCUGUAUUCUUGUAAUAUUAAGACUUGUAAUGUACAAACAGGCAAAUGUAAAAUGGCUUUAAUCUUGUGUAGUAUUUCUUCUUGAUCCUUAUACACUUUCAGAAACAAGUGUGCAGACUGUAACCACAAUAACAUGAAAUGUAUGAAUGUUCAGCGAGACAAUUACUUCAGCAGUAUAAAGGUUCAAUGAUAAGAACUUUGACAAGUCGUAUUUUUACAAUGUCUCAAUUUCACGAGAAUAGAGCCAUAUUGAGAGAAAAACAAGUUGAACUAAAAGGUUGUUGCACAAGUUAAAAGUUGUAUUUUCACAUCAACAAGUUGUGAUGUUACAAGAAAAGUAGCUUUAUCUAUCACAAGUCAUAAUAUUACCAGAAAAGUGCCAGCCUGGUGAAAAAAAAGCACCACAAGAAUGUUGCAAGAAAAAGUGCAAACAUUUUGUAGUAUUAAGUUGUAAUAUGCAAAAUAUUCAAUUAUACCCAGAUUUAUGAUGCUCUGCUUAUUGACAGUUUUCUGGAUUGUUUUUCUCAAAUUCUAUGUAUGUAUCUAUCUAUCUAUUUUAAUGGCUAUUAUAAUAGGCAUCAAUUAUUCGCAGAUUUUGC